CAACAUUUAUUUAUUUACGCGACCUAACCCCCCAAAAAAACCACUACAGGACACAGUGCAAACUAGCUUAAUAGCUCAUGGGAUUCCUCCAGUGUAAAUACACAUUCCGCUCCUGGUUCAUAGCUACAUAUACGUAGAGACACAGCGAUGCAUGGAGACCUAUCGCCCUCACAGAGACUCACAGAGACAUUAAAGACGCAGCCACAGCCGUGCCACUGUGGCCAUGCAACCCACAGCUACGGGCCGCACGACGAACCCGCUGUGGUAGUCUGGGCUCCUUCAACGCAGGAGGAGGAAGAGGAACAGCGACACGACACGAACUCUCUCUGUUCGCUGAAGCUCUCUCUGAUCGUGGCCACCAGCAGCAGCAUCAGCACACCGCCACAUGGGCAUCGAGCUACUGAGCACAUUGCUGCGCCUGCUGCUGUCGCGAGCAAUUUUUCGAAUUGCGCAGAAUCCUUCGUGAUGAGCAACUAUCAAAGUCUAGUUCACAGCGUUGCGAAACAGGAGGCCUUCAUCCAGCAGUGGAUCGACAAAGGGACUGGACAUCAUUGCGUUGUUUUUGUCGGUUAAUCAUUAACGCGCCGCUGCUGCUGUUGUUGUUGUCUAGUAGAACAGCCUCGCGUGUUUGUUUGUGGGACUGUGAUUUGCGGUCCUAGACUAUUUGAGUUGUGGAUUUCGUGGUUGGUCAGCGGGACAAACUGCGAUUAGUGAAUGAGGUCGACGUUUGUUAAUUGGGGAAAGCGUUAUCCAGCUAAGUCCGUUGACUCUACGAUUAUUAUUAUUCUGGUGGCCGGGUGGCUGGGAAGUUACCGACGGUGUCCUGAACGAUUGUUUAGCCCAGGAGGGCCUCACUGGAUCAUCUCACGACUGCUCAUCAGGAGGGCCAACUGAAGCUCUCCAUUGACGUGAAGGAGUCGACGCUGGGCGUGGCACGUCAUGGAAGCCAAGGGGCUGAUGGGAAAGGAGUUCCAGACCUGCAACUCGUACGUCAAGUUGGCGCUGGUGCCAGAUCUGGAGCGGAAGCAGCGCUGCAGAACGAGGACGGUGCCCGACUGCAAGGGCCCGGUCUUCCACGAGCACCUCGCCUUCGUCCUGCAGGCGGAGGAUGAACAGAAGAGGCUACUCAUCGGCGUGUGGAGCUUCGAUCGGCAAAGCCGGCACAGCGAGCUGCUGGAUGCAUGAGCUUUGGCGUCCGUUCGCUGAUGAUGGCGGCCAAGGACGUGAGCGGCUGGUACUACCUGCUGGCCGAAGAGCUGGGCCGCACCAAGCACCUCAAGUUUGCCACGCGGCGCUUCAGGAGCCACAGAGACAGGCUCGGGCAAAUUUCAUGGCCGGCAUCAGCGAACGUCUCUUCCUGUGGCCAGCGCACGGUGAAGGUCAUGGUGUCGCGCGGCGCUGACGGCUUUGGAUUCACGAUCCACGGCAAGGAUCCCGUGCGCGUUCAAAGCGUCGACUCGGGGAGCCCGGCCGAGGGCGCGGGCCUGCGGCCGCUGGACGCCAUCGUGGAGCUGAACGGGCGGCCCGUGUCCACGUGGAGCUGCGAGGAGCUCGCCUUCUCCAUACAUUACUGCCCGCACAGCGUGGUGCUGGGGGUGGAGCGGUGCGCUGGCUGGGGGCGGCCGGUCGCCACGGACAGUGCACUGCAGCCGUCCUCCCAGCAUGCACCUGGCUGCGACAGGACCUCCGGGGUUUAAAGGUCGCCGGAGCCGAACGACGGGAAAGGAGAACGAAUUUCCCGCGGGGACAAGGGAGCCGGGCAGAGGCGUCAUACCAAAGGAAUACUUCCCGGCUUCAGGGCUGACCAGGGCCGUGGCGUCCACCACACAGCUUCAACGCAGAGCUGGCGCUGCUGAGAGGUCACGGGAGGGGGCGGCCUCGUUCCCACGCUCUCCAUCCGCGUCAUCGUCGGCGUCGUCGUCGGCAGGCGUCGUCGUCGUCAUCGUCGUGCUGCUGCGCCUCCGGCGACGCUCGUGGUGGGGGGCCGGCCCCCCACGGCGUGCGUUGCCGACGCAAGCCGCUCGUCCCGUCAACGGAGAGA